AUCGCCGCCGAGCCGUACCGUGUAAGCAGGCACAAGCCGCUGGGCGCGCAGGAGAAGCCGCAAAAAAUACAAGAGCCGCUACUUGAAACUGCCAGGAGAGCAGAGAAAGCGUCGGAACUUCAGUGUCCACGAGGCCAGUGAUACAAAAUGGGAGGCAAGAUCAGCAAAAAGAAGAAGGGGUACAGUGUAAACGAUGACAAGGCUAAAGACAAGGAUGCCAAAGCAGAGGGGGCCUCUGCUGAGGAGAGCGAAGCACCGAAAGACAACAAGGACGGGGCUCCGGCUGCCAGCGAUGCUAAGGAGGUAGCGAAUGACACGGCAGCCAAAGAGGCACCAGCAGCUGACGCUGCAGCGCCCAAAGAGGAGGAAAAGAAUGCAGCUCCUGCAAAGGAGGCAGAGAAACCUGCCGCCAACGCUGAGCCGAAAACAGAGGCGCCCAAGAGCGCAGAGCCCGCCAAGGCCGAGGAGAAACCAGCUGCCCCCGCCCCGGCCAAAGAAUCAGCCCCAGCCGCAAAGGAGCCUGAGGCUAAGGCCGCUGCACCCGCCCCGGCAGCCGAGAGCAAAGAUGAGGCCGACGCCAAAAAGACUGAGGCCCCUGCGGCACCGGCAGCCAAAGCUGAGACGGCCCCCGCUGCCUCCCCUGACCCCAAGCCUACAGAGGCAGCGGCGGCUCCUGCACCGGCAAAGGAGGCCGCCCCCGCUCCUAGUUCAACACCAGCCGCCGAACCUCCCAAGGAGGCGAACGCCACAGAGGCACCGAGCAAGGAUCAAACCGUAGCAGUUCAAGAUUAAUGGACAGCCACUUUUCGGAAAUGAAGAAAUAAAUUACAUAAUUCAACAACGAUGAAGAUUAAAGAAAAAUGAAAUUUACUAGCCCACCCAUAUUAUGAUAACAAUAAUAAUAAUAAUUGUAAUGAUGAAGAUUUGUUGAAUGAGGAGGACUGAAGCAACCACCUGGAGAAGUUUCCCACCGCUGCAGAUGAUUAUUGCUAUUAUUAUUGUUAUGUUUUAUUCUAUUUUUUUUUCUGCUGUAGUAUUUGAACUUUGAUACGAGUGUAUGUCGGCCAUACGCCUCGCCGUUCAUCCACCAUCCCUCUCACGCAUACAGUCCCAAAGGUUUAACCUGAUUCCCAUGUCAGCCCACAGAAGGCUCCUGCAUUCAGUCUGUGGACGUUUAAAUUUUGGGGUUCUGAUGGGAGGAAGAGGAGAGGCUUAGAAAACACCUCAGCAGCUGGACACAAGUCGAACCUGUCCCCUCUUCCUCUCAUCCUCCUCUUCAGAAUAUCAUGAUUUUGGCUCUGGCCUGGCGCCCUCCAGUUUUUCAGUGCUGUGGAGUUGUGCUUG